GGCGUAGCGGCUGCCCCCACCGGGCCCAGCGCUUCCUGCUUCGCCCUCAGCCCCGCUCAGAGCGGCCAUGGCGCGGCCCGAGGCUGGUUAUGAGGCGGCGGUGCCGCCCCGCCCCGCCUGCACCUACAGCAGCUGCUACUGCGAAGAAAAUGUUUGGAAGCUUUGUGACUACAUCAGGAGUCAGGAUCGGUACCCUUUAGAAGAAUUUUAUGCUGUUUUCAUAUCCAAUGAUAAGAGGAUGAUUCCACUCUGGAAGCAGAAAUCUGGACAUGGAGAUGAGCCUGUUGUCUGGGACUACCAUGUUAUUCUACUUCAUCUUUCCAGUGGGGAGCAGAACUUCAUUUAUGAUCUUGACACAGUGUUGCCGUUUCCAUGUCCUUUUGAUGUGUACAGUGUGGAGGCCUUUAGGUUGGAUGACAGCCUUCAUCCAGAGUUUCACAGAAAAAUCAGAAUGAUUCGAGCAGAUUUGUACUUGAAGACAUUUGCUUCAGACAGAUCUCAUAUGAAGGAUGCAAAUGGGAAAUGGCAAAAACCUCCUCCUCCGUACCCAUGCAUUGAAACUGCAGAUUCCAAGAUGAACUUGGAUGAUUUCAUCAGUAUGAAUCCGGAAGUGGGAUGGGGCUCAGUGUUGUCCCUUUCAGACUUUGUGCAUCGAUUCGGCAGUCAGACUGAUUACAGCUAUUCCUUGGAAGGACAGUAAAGUGAACAAAGUUCUGGUUUGUUUUGCUGCUUUUACAUUGUAUUUAUGGUUUACAUUUCUGUACAUGGAAUAGGUAUUUGGAAAUAUAGAACAUCCAGACAGAAAUACGAACUGAAUAAAAACCUUUAUUUUAAUUA